AUGUCCUGUGCUAUUGAUGAAGGAACCUACAUCAUUGAAAAUGUCGAGACAGAACGCUACCUGUUUCAAGAUGGAGAGAAGAUUAAGGGCAACCGAGGAGAUGAAGGUGGUUGGUUAGCCUCUUCUGGAUUUCAAGCGCCUCCUGUGUUGGGAGCUGAUGCAAAUUAUUACAAUCGUGCCUACUGGAAGAUCAUUCCACAAGGCGAUGGUAAGUACUUUGUUGAAAACGUGGAAACCAAGAGGUACCUGUUUCAAGAUGGGGAGAAGAUUAAAGGCGAGCGAGGAGACGAAGGUGGUUGGUUAGCCUCAUCUGGCUUUCAAGCGCCUCCUGUGUUGGGAGCUGAUGCCAAUUACUACAAUCGUGCCUACUGGAAGAUCAUUCCACAAGGCGAUGGCAAGUACUUUUUUGAGAAUACUGAGACGCAAAGAUAUCUCUUUCAAGAUGGAGAGAAGAUUAAAGGCAAACGAGGAGACGAAGGUGGGUGGUUAGCCUCAUCUGGCUUUCAAGCACCUCCUGCCUUGGGAGCUGAUGCCAAUUACUACAAUCGUGCUUACUGGAAACUCCACAAGCAGUAG